AUGGAGCCCCAAACUAGUGGUCAAGUGGAAAUUUCUAAUCGGGAAUUGAAAAGGAUUUUAGAAAAAGUAGUGGGAAUGUCUAGAAAAGAUUGGUCUACGAAAUUAGAUAAUGUUCUUUGGGCAUGCCGCACUGCGUUUAAGACUCUCAUUGGAACUUUCCCUUACCAACUAUUUGAUCGGAAAGCUUUGCAUUUGCCUGUUGAACUUGAAUACUGGGCUAUGAAGAUGCAGAACUUCAACCUUAAGGAUGUUGGAGAAAGGAGAUUGUUGCAGCUUAAUAAGUUGGAUGAAUUUAGGCUGCAAGCCUAUGAGAAUGCCAAGAUCUACAAGGAAAAAACAAAGAAAUGGCAUGACAAGAAAGUUUGA